UUUUGCCAUACCCAAUUUAAAUGACAUCCCUAAUUAUGUUGUUUACAGCGCAACCAAUUAAUUAAAAGUGAAUAAUUGAUUUAUAAUUUUGAUUCGAUCGGAACAAGAUGAUCUGUCGCCUGUGCCUGCGUUGCGUCAGUCCCGGGAGCGCCGUCUUCCUCUUCGAGACGGACGACACGCUGGCGGAGACGCGCCUGGUCAAGAUGAUCGCCAAGUUUCUGCAGCUGGAGAUCCUUCCGGACGACGGCAUCUCGACCAGCGUGUGCACCGACUGCUGUGAGCACCUGGAGGACUUCAACGGCUUCUGGCAGCUGGUGGAGCAGAAGCAGUGCUCCCUGAAAAAGGAGUUCCUCACCGUCGACGUCGACUGUGCGGCGAUGAAGUGGACGGGCGGCGUCGAUGUGGACGUCAACAUAGAUGAGCUGCCGCUGGCAGCGGGCGACAUGGACGAGAAGCCCCUGGACCUGCAUAACCUGAGCCUGCUGGGCAGCGUGCUGGACGUUAAUGUGGACAGUGUGGAGGUCAGGGAGCAGGUCAAGGAGCAGAUGCCCGAGGCGGAGUCCGAGGCGGAGGAGAACGAGGACGAGGACGAGAAGCCCUGCCUGCAGCCCAGUGACAGCGAGGCGGAGGCGCAGGACGAUACUUCGGAUGAUGAACCCCUGGUCCGGCUGCAGGCCAAGAUGAAGCCCAAGCGCAAGGCCACGGUCCGCUCCUCGAAGGAUCGGGGCACACUGUCCCUGCACCAGGAGCUCUCCGAUCUGCUCGACGACGGCAGCAAGCGGCGACGCAGAAAAGCACCCGUUCAGGGCCAGCGCGCACCAACCGAGGUGCAGGAGACCGAGCUACAGGCCGUCCUCGAGCGCAAGCCCAAGGGCUGCUCCCGCGCCCAGCUGGCCAAGCGCUACGAGGAGGCCAUCGCCAGCUAUAUGAGCGCCAACUGCGACCUGUGCGACUUCAGCGCUCCCUACCUGUCCGACCUGAAGACACACUUCCAGGAGGUCCAUGAGCGGGAGUACUACAUCAAGUGCUGUGGCAAGAUAUUCACGCGGGCUUCCAAACUGAUGGACCACAUCCGCAAGCAUGUCAAUCCCAAGCUCUUCACCUGCACCAUUUGCCAGAAGUCGCUCAACUCGCAGGACUAUUUGGCCACCCACAUCGAGACGGUGCACAACAAGGUCGCCCAGAUCGACAAGGUCCUCAAGUUCCCCUGCCCCAAAUGCGAGCGCACCUUCAGCAGCGAGCGCCGAAUGGCCAACCACCUGGCCAAGCACGACACCGAUCAGCUGGAGCACAACUGCGAGAUCUGCUGCAAAAGCUUCGCCAACAUACACAGGCUGCGGCGGCACAUCCAAUCCAUUCACGAGGACCUUCACCGGCACGUCUGCGACAUUUGCGGCAAGAAGUUCAAGUUCAAGCCCUCCUUCGACCGCCAUUUGCUGGAGCACCAGGGCGUGGUGGCGCCGGCGGUGGAGUGCCCCGUCUGCGGUGUGUGGCUGAAGAACGAGCACAGCCUGCGGCUGCAUCGCUUCACCCACGACAGCACGGACACGGUGUGCCCGCACUGCGGCAAGACCUGCACCUCGCGCACAGCGUUACGGGGCCACGUGAAGUACGCCCACAAGUUGACCACCAACCUGCAGUGCACGUUCUGCGAGAAGAGCUUCAAGCAGCAGCGCAACCUGGACGAGCACAUGGCCAUCCACACGGGCCUGCAGCUGUACAACUGCCCGCACUGUCCGAAGGAGUGCCGCUCCCGCUCCAACAUGUACGUCCACAUCAAGCAGCGCCAUGCGGACGAAUGGCUGCGCGCCAAGAUGGCCCGCUCGCACAAUCCGCAGUUCAAGCCGGGAUCCACCGAUUCGUAAUCCAGAUCCAGGCACAAAUAUGUUUAAACAUUAUACACAUUAAUUAACUAUA